AUGAAACUCACCAUUUCUAUACUGAAGGCCGACGUUGGCUCGAUUGGCGGACAUACCAAACCCUCUAAGAGGAUGAUUGACGCCACUGAACAGGCAGUGGCCGACGCCAUCAGCAGCGGCCUGUUGAUUGACGGUUACGUCGGUCAUACCGGCGACGAUAUCUGCAUGACCACCACCCACACCCGCGGCCCCAACGACACCGACGUACACCAGUUUGCGUGGUCUACCUUCCUCAAGGCUACCGACAUCGCCUCGCAGUACGGCCUUUACGGCGCGGGGCAGGACCUGCUCGCAGAUGCUCCCUCGGGUAAUAUUCGCGGUGCCGGCCCGGCGGUGGCCGAGGUCGAGUUCGACCACGAUCCGAUCAAGACCAACCCGGUCCGCCCGGCAGAAUCCUUCUUUGUACUUGCCGCGGACAAGUGCGGCCCGGGCGCGUACAACCUGCCCAUGUUCCUUGGUUUCGCUGACCCAAUGUAUUGUGGCGGCCUGAUGUUGCCCCGCCUGGACCAGGGCUUUACUUUCAAUGUUAUUGACAUGGACAACACCGACGGCGACAGCAUUAUUUCCCUUAACGCCCCGGAAGAUUACUACAAGUUGGCCGUUCUGCUCCGCGACAACGAGCGGUUUGGAAUCGACUCUAUCGUAUCCCGUUACUCCGGCGAGAUGGCCGCGGCCAUUUCUGCCACCCGGCUGCACAAUAUCGCUGGCAGCUACACCGGCAAGGACGAUCCGGUAGCAGUUGUGAGGAACCAGGGAAUCUUCCCGGCGCCGGAGGAGCUGACUUCUCCCUACGCAAAGGCCCACUUCAUUGGCGGUGAUGCCCGCGGGUCCCACGUAAUGCCGCUGAUGCCGGUGCCGAUUAACACCGCUGUGACUGGUAUGUACUGUUUACCGCUGGUAUCCUGCGUUGGCUUCUCCAUUGCAGCAGACGGUACCUUCUCUGAUUCCAGCAUCGACUUCUUCGACAAUCAGUCAUGGGAUCAUGUGCGCUUGCUGGCCCAGCAAAAGGCCAUUGAGAUGCGCUCCCAGGGUUGGUCCGGCGCGGCCAUGUUGCCCUACGGAGAGCUCGAAUACUCCGGUUUCCGCCAGAGCAUUGGUGACCUGGUGGACCGGUUUGCCUUCCGCAACGGGCACGGCGCUGAGGUACCGGAAAAGGCAACCGCCGACGACUAG